AUGGAAAAUAGAAAUAAUGUCACUGUGUUUAUUCUCUUGGGAUUAUCUCAAAAUAAGAACAUUGAAAUCUUCUGCUUUGUCUUGUUUUUGUUUUGUUACAUUGCUAUUUGGAUGGGAAAUUUGCUCAUAAUGAUUUCUAUUAUAUGCAGUCCUCUCAUUGACCAACCUAUGUAUUUCUUCCUUAAUUACCUCUCCCUCUCUGACCUUUGCUACACAUCCACGGUGACACCCAAACUAAUGACUGAUUUAUUGGCAGAAAGGAAGACCAUUUCUUAUAGUAACUGCAUGACACAGCUUUUUAUCCUUCACUUCCUUGGAGCCAUCGAGAUUUUUAUCCUCACAGGGAUGGCCUAUGACCGCUAUGUGGCCAUCUGCAAGCCCCUGCACUACACCAUCAUCAUGAGCAGACCAAAGUGUAACACAAUCAUCGUCGCCUGCUGUACCGGGGGACUUAUACACUCUGCCAGUCAGUUUCUCCUCACCAUCUUUUUACCCUUCUGUGGCCCCAAUGAGAUUGAUCACUACUUCUGUGAUGUGUAUCCUUUGCUGAAAUUGGCUUGCAUGGAUACACACAGGAUUGGUCUCCUGGUGGUUGUUAAUUCAGGUCUGAUUGCUUUGGUGACUUUUGUGAUUUUGAUGGCUUCUUAUUUUCUGAUAUUACACACAGUCAGGGAUUACCCUGCAGAGAGCCGCACCAAAGCUCUUUCCACUUGCAGUUCUCACAUCACCGUUGUGGCCCUAUUCUUUGUGCCCAUCCUCUUCAUCUACAUUAGACCAGCUGAAACUUUUCCGGAAGACAAAGUGUUUGCUCUUUUCUACACCAUCAUUGCCCCCAUGUUCAACCCUCUGAUCUAUACAUUGAGAAACUUGGAGAUGAAGAAUGCUGUGAAGAAAGUGUGGUAUCAUCAAUUUCUUAAGAAAGGGCAGUAA